CAAAAGACCGCGAGCAGCCGACACACGGACAGACGGGGGCCCAGAGAGCGAGGAGGAGGACGAGUCGUAUCAGGGACCAACAAUACGACUGGAUUCAUUUAUAUCCAAACCUUACAAUUAGCAACACUGCAGAUUCCAUCUGUGUCGCAUCGGUUUAUUUAGGCUACAAUAAUCUCGUUUAUUUCAGCGAUUCCUUCAAGGAGACCGAGCGGAGCCACCGGGCUGCCGGUACCGUAGAGGGGAGUACAAUGACAACCUGGUGAAUGUAGCCGAUGAUAUUUACCUAAUCAGACCGAAUGGAAUAAAACCGCGAAUAGCCUAAAGGACCGGGGUGCGCAUCCCGGGAGUGAUGAGAACAACGGGGAGACAGGGGCUGUGUUUCUGCUGCUGUCGGCUGGCUGUCAAAUGUAUUAUUUAUGUGUGUCGUGGACUGAUCAUUUGUUGAUCUAUCAACCCCCUCCCGUCCUCUACAUAUUCUCCACCGGUAUCGUCGGAGUGUUGUAAUAUGGAUCGUUCCAGUGGCUCUGGGACCAGCGAACCCACCAAACCGCCAAACCACCAGUUGGAGAAGAAACGGUUAAACCGAGCACCAUCUCCGGCCAGGCCGUUCCUGAAGGAUGUCCGCUCCUCGCCCAAACCAGCGGCUAUCGUACCAAAAUCCCCCAAACUCACCAAGCAGCAGCACUCCUCUUCCCCAGUGGCCUUAUCAUCCAAUCAAAGCCGCAUAUCCAGGCGCACCCCAACCGGAGCGAAGGAUAACAAACCAGCCACCGUGAAAAGUCACAGCACCAAGUCUUCGACAGUCACGAAGAAGACGGUUAAGGUCAUUCAAAAUGCGGCGCUCGAACCUAAACCGACCACUGCAAGCGCCAGCAAACCGAGCCCGGACAGCAGCACCAGCAGUCCACACCUCGCCCUCAAAGCCAAGAAGAGUAAAAUAGCCACGCUGACCGCGUCUCACCACGGCCCGCUCAGCCUUGGCUCCCCAAUCCGCGUCCCAACCGGCGCUACCCCCCUCGGUAGCAGGGUCAGUCAGACCGACAGUAGCUCCGAUCUCUCUGACUGUCCCUCCGAACCCCUAUCCGAUGAACAGCGCCUGGCCGCGGCCGCAAGCAGCGAUGGGGAGUCGGGAGGCUCCGGGUUCAGCGACAGGGAUCAGGUUGAUCAUCCUGUCCAGGCGGCAGCAUCAGCGUCAGACGCGGCCAGAGCGGCAGGGGCUACUGCCGGUAGUGGUGUUGGUUCGUUGCGCACCGCGGAGGGUAGCCCCGCGGCUGCUGGGAAAGGCGGCAUGUCUCAGGCUCCAGGACCAGGUGCUCACGGAGGAGAGGGGAGUAAACAUGAGAAAGCAUCGACCACCGCACAAUUGAUAAAACUGGAAUGUAGCAAAGAGAUAAUCGAGGAGGAUUUUUUGCGGGAAAUAGAAGAUCUCCGCUCUGAAAACGAAUACCUCAAGGAUGAAGUGGAGGAGCUGCGUGCGGAGAUGGAGGAAGUCCGGGACAGUUACCUGGAAGAGGAGGUGUACCAGGUGCAGGAGUUACGCAGGGAGCUGGACCGCUCCAAUAAGAACUGUCGGAUCCUCCAGUACCGUCUCCGUAAGGUGGAGCAGAAGAGCCUCAGAGUGGCCCAGACUGGACAUGUAGAUGGAGAGCUGCUACGCAACCUGGAACAGGAUCUCAAGGUGGCCAAAGAUGUGUCAGUGCGUCUGCACAACGAGCUGGAGAAUGUAGAAGACAAGAGGACCAGGGCUGAAGAUGAGAAUGAGCUGCUGAGACAGAGGAUCAUCGAGGUGGAGAUCUCUAACCAGGCUCUACACAAUGAACUGGACAGAACCAAAGAGACCACUCUACGGCGGAGAGGGAGCAGGGAAACCUUUAAGGACAAGAAGUUUCUGAAUCAGGACGACAGUGCAGAUCUCAGGUGCCAGCUGCAAUUCUCUAAGGAAGAAUCCACCCUCAUGCGAAAGAAGAUGGCCAAGCUGGGGAGGGAGAAGGAAGAGCUUGAGCAGGAGAUACAGAAGUAUAAGUCUGUCUACGGGGACGUGGACAGCCCUCUACCCCUGGCAGAGCUCGCAGGCGGUGGGCCCCACAGCACCAGGGAGGCCGAGCUACGGCUCCGACUCAAACUGGUGGAGGAAGAGGCUAAUAUUCUGGGGAGGAAAAUUGUUGAACUAGAGGUGGAGAACCGAGGCCUGAGGGCUGAGAACGAGGACAUCCGCUGCCAGUACGAGAGGGACUGUUUCGGCCGGGAGCCCUUCAGCAGCAUGCCCUCCUCCCCGUACGGCGGAGAUGCUCUGGAGUCAGCCGGGGAGCUGCGGCGCCACCUACAGUUUGUAGAGGAAGAGGCAGAACUUCUACGGCGGUCCAUCUCGGAGAUCGAGGACCACAACAAACAGCUGACCUCCGAACUGAACCGCUUCAAGUUCGGCCCGAGAGACGAGGAGGUCGAUGGCGGAGUGAUGCUGAUGAAGACCGGUAAUGGGGGUAAUGGUGGCGGCGGGGGUAACGGUGGCGGUGUUGUGAUGAUGGAGGAGCUGAAGGCAGCCAGGAUGCAGAUCAACGAGCUCAGCGGGAAGGUGAUGAAGCUGCAGUAUGAGAACAGAGUUCUGAUGUCCAACGUUCAGCGCUGUGACCUGGCCCAACACUUGGGCCUCCGCACCGGCUCCCCACGGGACAGCGAUGCAGACAGCGACACCGGCCGCCGAGACGCCGCAGAAGAGGAAGAAACUGGGAGGCUCCUCCUUCUACACCCCAAGAGGGAGGGGCCUGUUGGCGGCGAGAGCGACUCGGAGGACCUGUUUGAGAAGACCACCACGACCUCUGGUUUCGGAAGUCACAAGCCCUCAGACGAGAUCAGCGGGCUCAGCACCACGGAACUAGCCAACCUCAGACGAGAAGACCGUGAGACGUUCAUGAACGUCAAACGAGAAGCAGAGCGUCUUGGGAAGACCGUAGACCGCCUCAUUACCGACACGGACAGUCUGAUCUACGAGGGAAAGAUUAUAGUAACAGGAGGGGACAGUCUCUGCAUAGAGGGGUUCAGAGGACACAGGGGGGAGGGAAGCGGAGAGGACAGGGGCAACACCACCACACUCCCCGAGUCCCUACAAGACUCCCAGGUCCUGGACACUAUCAACACCCGAAUGAAGGCCUUCAGGACAGAGCUCCAUAUCUUCAUGGAGAAGGUGGAUCACCUGGGAGACGGGCUAAGGGAGAGGGUAGGGGAACGGGAUAGUGGGGAUGACCUGUCGCCCAUGCCCAACCUUACAGAGUCUAGCAGCUUCCUGUCAGGGGUCACCUCCAUGUCCCGGGAUUCGCCCAUCAGCACCCUGGGACGCGACCUGGUCACAGAUUUCCAGGUUGAGGAACGGAGGCGGCUGGAGGUGCAGGGUGUGAGACCCAGGGGGGGUCUGGGUCUGACGGGCCUGCAGGCCCACGAGGCUCCCUGGGUCCAGGAAAGAACCCUACUGCAGCAGGAGGUCCGGUUGUGA